AUGGACUGCUUGACGCCGGGUAGUACCGAGUGCAGCUAUCGACAGGGCUGUAUAAAGGUGAGUGGGUGUUUGGCUGUUUGCAAAAGAAAGGAUCAUGGAGGAAUACCGUUUUUUACGACCGUGGCUUUUGACUUUAUCUUCUUUAGUGCUUGUCAAAGCUUCUUUGGCUAGCGAAUCCCUACAAAAAUUGCACGUGCUUUCUUUUUCAAGUAUCUAUGCCCUUAAUCGACCUAGAAUUCCUCGAGGCUCACUCCCUGAACCCCGUUUUUUGGAAGAUCUCUUUUGGUGGGGUUUUUUCGUGAACUUUGAUGUGCCAUAACUUUGCCCUCAGGGUCCGUAAACACUUUUGGAAGCCAGAUUCUUAUUGCACUGUCUGAGGCCUUCAACAUCCACUGGGUCACCAGUAAGGAUCGAUCUGCGAAAAAUGUGGCUUCCUUUGUGAGACGUGUUUUUUGGGUGUAUCAACUGAAGGCAUGGCAAGUUGAAAUAGACUACAAAAUGAAGUUUUUGUCGGGAUCCGGUGUGUUGAUUUAGUCAGCCAAAAGAACAAGAAAAAAAUAUUUUUUGUUCCUCAUUUGUUAAUCUUCUCAAUGUUUUUCCUCAAUAGUUUGGCCCGUUUUCAUAUGGACCAUUUGAAAAAAUAUUUGAUAUAUUACGUUAGACAUUACACAGUUAGACCCUGAACCAUCCUAAUUCCAGAUAAUCGCCAGAAACAACACAGUUAUCCGCCAAGGCUGUAGCCCCGUUGAGACCAAGAAAACGAGUCAUGAACUUGACCUCAGACCCUACGGUUUGCCCCCUAAUUUGAAGGUCUACGCUUGCUGGACUGACUUCUGCAAUGCGAUGGAUUCUUCUUCUUUUUUAACCACCUCAUCUGUAUCAUUAAUUUUAUUUUCAAUCUGGAUAGGAUUGUCACUAUAA